AUAAAAUUACUGGAAACAAAAUUCUUCAGAUUACGGAUUGUAUUAAUUUAUUUGGAUUCUUUUUUCAUUAAAGAUAAUAAUAAUAAUAUUAUUUUUCUGUGAUGAUUGUUGGACAUAUGACGACGAUUGCUGAUGCUUCCUUACCAUCAACAACAACAGCAUUAUCAUCAUCGAUACAACAACAACAACAACAACAACAAUUCACGGUCGGUUCAUUAUCAUCAAUGGCCGGUUUAGAUCUAAGUGGUCAUAAUAAUAAUCAUCAUCAUAAUAAUACAAUACAUCAUGUUCAUCAUACACCAUCUACAUCGACUACAGCAGCAGCAUCAGCAGCAACAACAACAACAACAACAAUACAUAAUUUAUCCUCAUUAUCACCAUCAUCAUCUUCAUCAUCGAAAUCAUCAUCACCAUUAUCAUCAACAUCAUCAAAAUCAUUACCAUCGACAAUAAUAACAGCAACAAUAAAACAAAAUACAAUUUCACCAACAUUAAAAACAACAUUGACCAAUAGUAUCGGUUUAAUUGGUGCAACAACAUCAUUUUCAUCAUUAUCAUCACCGCCAUUAUCAAUAAUAAACAAUUCUACAGGAAUAAUUUCAGGAUUAAUCACCGGAAAUAAUCAAAAUCAUUUUGAUCAUCAUCAACAACAAUUACAUCAUUUAAAUAAUUCAUUAUCAUUAUCAUCAUCAUCAUCAUCAACAACAACAACAACAGCCAUGCCUAGUUCAUUAUCACCAACAAUAUUAUUACCAACAUUAGGUUUUACACAGGAACAAGUUGCAUGUGUUUGUGAAGUAUUGCAACAAUCAGGCAAUAUUGAACGUUUAGGACGAUUCUUAUGGUCAUUACCUGCAUGUGAACCAUUACAUAAGAAUGAAUCAGUUUUAAAAGCAAAAGCAUUGGUUGCAUUCCAUAGAGGGAAUUUUAAAGAAUUGUAUAAAAUUCUUGAAAGUCAUAAUUAUAGUCCUAAUUCACAUCCAAAAUUGCAAUCAUUAUGGUUAAAAGCUCAUUAUAUUGAAGCUGAACGUGCACGUGGACGGCCAUUAGGUGCUGUUGGUAAAUAUCGUAUACGUAGAAAAUUUCCAUUACCAAGAACAAUAUGGGAUGGUGAAGAAACAUCAUAUUGUUUUAAGGAAAAAUCACGUAAUGUACUUAGAGAAUGGUAUUCACAAAAUCCAUAUCCAUCACCAAGAGAAAAAAGAGAUUUAUCUGAUGCUACCGGUUUGACAACAACACAAGUCAGCAAUUGGUUCAAGAAUCGUCGUCAACGUGAUAGAGCAGCCGAAGCUAAAGAUACUAGAGAUUCAAAUGAUAAACAUAAUAUUGGAAAAAAUUCUGUAAAAGUUACGAAUGAUUCCUCACAUUCAGGUGGUGAUUCAACUGAUGAUGAAUUUGAGGAAGGAAAUUCUGAACGUACAAGCAGCAGCAAUGAAAUGAAUUCGACGACAACGGCUACUGCCAAUAAUAAUUUAACACCAUCUACAACACUUUUAAACCUUAAUGGAACAAAUGGAACAUCACCAGAAUUAUCUGCAUUUUCUGCAUUAGCUAAUCAUCUAAACAAUACGGCAACAGUGAAUAUAGGAACUAAUGGUCUAAUUGAUAGUGGUGGUGGUGGUGGUACUUCAAUAACAGGAACAGGAGGAGGAGGUGUAUCGAAUAGUUUUAGUGCAAAUCUAGGAAGUCAAUCAGCUCUUUCGGCAGUUACAUCAAUGUCAUCUGCAAUGGGCUAUCCACAUUCGGCAUUCCGUUUUGGUUCCCAUCAUCAUACACAUCAUCAUCAUCCACAUCAUCCAACAACUCAAAGUCAUUUUAGCCAUCAUACAUUACAUCAUGCAGCAGCAGCGGCAGCAGCAGCCGGAUCUACUACUGGUCAUCAUCAUCAUUUAGCCGAUGUUGCACCAUCCGCUCUAGUCAUGCAUCAUGCCGCAGCAGGUGCUGUAACGAAUGCGGAAACAAUGUUUCAAUUAAGUUCCGUAUUAUCAUCAUCAGCAGCUGCAUCACUUGCGGCAAAUCCAUCAGCAUUUGAUAGUUAUAGUAAAUAUGGUGCAAGUAUGGCGGCUGCUGUUGCUGCAUUUAGUGGUGCUGCUCGACCACAAUUUUGAUUCCUUGAUUCUUAUUCUGUUUUCCAACAAUUAAUAACACUAUUUGAAAAACUUGGACUCAUUCAAUUGUCUACAUUCAACAUUUAAUGUUAUUUUCAAUUUCAUUAAGAAAAACAUUCCACACACACACACACACACACACACAAACACUGAAGAUUUGA